AUGGUUGGCCUUAUUAUCGAUUAUAAAAAGAGAGCUGUUAAAACUAAGACAUUAUCGAACUUCGCCCUUUUUACUCCAGACACUGUUACGGCGGUGCUAUCCACUGGGCUGGGAAUAUAUAACGGAGCUCAGAGAACGAGGAAUUUGAUUAUUAACCUAGAUAUUAUCAACCAGGUCGGAGUAAAAAUUAGCCAAAAGGACGAUCAAAAGAUUAAUUGCAGAAAUAUUAAAAGAUGCACAAUACUAAUAACGUAUUUAAUGUCAAUAUUAAUAUUUAUAUUGACACAAAUUUAUUGUAACAUGACCAAUUAUCCGGCAGAAAAAGAUCUAUUAGCAGACAGUAAUUUCAGUGACCUUACAUUCGCUUAUAUCACCGUGAGUGAUGUAAUAUCUAAAAUGAAUGAUGCUGAUGGCGGUAUUGCUGUCAUAAUGUUCGCAAACUUCUUUUUAAGUAUUGUCAUUACUGGAUAUUAUGAGGAUCUCCUUUUUUCGGUGUUACCAGUUAAUUUCACGCUCAUACAAUUAACUUGGUGCAUGCUAUACGCCUUGAAGAUUUUAGUUUUUAUUGAAACGCUUCAUAUCAUCAACUCUCAGGUUGCUAAAAUAAACGUAAUUACCAGUAAAUUGAUCACCAAAGUCGCUAAUUUUGGCAAACGCGUCCCUACUGAGUUAGAUGUGAUGUUCAAACAGCUUAUUCUGAAUGAACCAGCUUUUGUACCGAAGGGACUACUUACUAUAAAUCGACCUUUAAUAAUAAAGAUUUUCAACGCUGUAACUACAUAUCUUCUUUUUAUGAUACAAUUCAAGCGGUCGGGUACU